CACUGUGUCAUUCGUGUUGUUUCACGUAACCUAUAUAAGAGCAUGGUAAAUGUUUUUUUGUUAAGGUGACAUUCAGGUGAUAGGACAGCUACCUCCCUCAAUUAUAGUGAGAUACAGGCAGGAGCAGACCCCUGUCAUUGUACUCAGUUUAUUGCUUGUCGUGAUUUCAGAUAACAACGUACGAUCAUGAAACAAUAUAAUUAUUAGGCUUUCAGCUGUUAUCUGCGAUCGUAUGACUCAUGGGGAGCAGGAGAUGAGACGCUUUCUUAUAUAUAUUCUUAUUCAGAACCGACCGCUGGAGAACGAAUGAAAGGCGGCUCGUCUUUGAUGAAGCGCAGCGUGUACGCGCCCGCCUUAUAGGGUUCUCCUCCUGUGAUUGUGCGAGCCCGGACCACGCGUGCGCGCCCCCCCGCGCACUGGGAGCUAUCCAGCAGCGCCCUGUGCCCCUGCACUGCUCGAUCUGUCUGUCUCUCCAGGAAUGAGAAGCGAUGGCCGGCACCGCCAGCGAGGAGAAAGCCUUUCGCAGGUUCCUGGAGAUCUUUCUCCGCGAGAUGAGAGGAGCGCUCGGGGAGGACGAGCCGCUGCCGCUGCGCCCGCUGCCGGACCUGGUCUCGGAAGACGAGGUUGAAGGGGAGUGCCUGGAUCUCUGUCUUCAGCACCUAUGCAAAUAUAACUGCCCGUUCUCCCUGGCGGCGGGCCUGGCGCGAGCGACUGCGGACGAGAUCCUGCAGAGUGACCUGGCCGCGCAGCACACCAGCAAGCACGCAGACGGCAGCGAGGCUAUUGAACAGCUGGAGUCAGUGAAGCUUGCCCGGCUGGUGUUUAACAAGCUGUACGAGACGUGCUGCAUGUGGCUGAAGGAUUUCCCCCGGCGCAGGAGGCCCCUCCCCUACUACGAGACCUCCAUCCAUGCCAUCAAGAACAUGCGCAGGAAGAUGGAGGACAAGCAUAUCGUCAUCCCCGACUUCAACACGCUCUUCAACCUCCAGGACCAGGAGGAGCAGGCGUACUUCGCAGUGUUUGAUGGCCACGGAGGGGUGGACGCCGCGAUCUACGCCUCCAACCACCUCCACGUCAACCUGGUGCGGCAGGAGAUGUUCCACCAGGACCCCGCCGAGGCCCUGUGCUGCGCCUUCAAGCUCACCGACGAGAAGUUCGUCCAGAAAGCUGCCCGCGAGAACCUGCGCUGUGGCACGACAGGGGUGGUGACGUUCCUGCGGGGGAACAUGCUGCACGUGGCCUGGCUUGGGGACUCCCAGGUCAUGCUGGUGAAACGUGGACAGGUUGUGGAGCUGAUGAAGCCACACAAACCAGACAGAGAGGAUGAGAAGAAGCGGAUCGAGGCUCUGGGAGGGUGUGUGAUCUGGUUCGGUGCCUGGAGGGUUAAUGGAAGCCUGUCUGUAUCCAGAGCGAUUGGCGACCCGGUGCACAAGCCCUACAUCUCUGGAGACGCUGACUGCACGUCUCUACAGCUGGACGGCACUGAGGACUACCUACUCCUGGCGUGCGAUGGCUUCUUCGACACAGUGAGCCCCGAGGAGGCGGUGCACAUCGUCUCCGACCACCUGCUGGAGAACAGCGGUGACAGCAGUAUGGUGGCUCACAAGCUGGUGGCCUCAGCGCGCGACGCAGGCUCCAGCGACAACAUCAGCGUUAUCGUGGUGUUCCUGCGAGACCCAGACGCGCCCCCACCCGAGGAGGAAGAGGAGGAGCCAGUGCAGGGGACGGACUCCUUCGAGGGAGGGGGGGAGCAGGACAGUCAGAACCAAGGGGCAGAAAGUGGGGGCAAAGCCUGGCCUCUGCACCAGUGCUCUGCCCCAGCCGACCUGGGUUAUGAGGACCGAAUGGACUCCUUAACUGACAGAACUAGCCUCAGCCUGGGCCCCGAGCUGGCCCUGCUCCAGGACAAGGGCCGGCUGCAGCUCCCAGCCUCCGGAGCUGGGGACCCCUCGAGAUCCGCCCUCUCUGCCCCAGCCCUGCUGCCAGCCUCAGGACCCGGCGCGGCCAGGCGCCCCCCGAGAGAAGAGGGUCUCUCAGCCUACGGACUCCGUGAUUCCCUGUGGGCCCCCAAACCCCGCCUGCCCUCCUCCUCCUCCUAUCAGCGCCCCACCCCUGCUGGACACUGGUUCGAAACUGCCGCCCUUCUUUCCCAGGAAAGGAGAUCUCUGACUCAGCCACCCUUUUCCUUCCAGAGGCGUCUACGUCGCUGCUGUCGCAGAGGGAAGGAGGUGCCCCCCUCCCUGCCCUGGCGCAGAGCACCCCGGCACAGCCCCAAACCCUGGAGCUGUCCGGAGCGCCCUAGUAUAGCCAUCCUCGACCCGCACAAGUGCUGUAAUAUAUAGAGGAGAGCGAGAGAGCUCUGUGUCCUGUAGUGUUUCACUUAGCUAGCAUAACGAUGCAUUACACCCUCAGCGGGACCCUCUCGGGACACUGUGGCCAAUUCCGACACCUCCGAAAAUAAACCACUGUGCUGCUGCUGCCAGACAUACCCCCUACCACCCCGCUGGCCACACCCACCAUCACGAGAUAGAGCCAGGAAGGAAGGAAGGGGGGGGGGGAACCCUGGAAAAACAAUUCCUUGUUUCUCUCCUUCAAAAAUCAUACAGUGAAACCUUUAUUUAUUUUGAUGUUUUUCUUCUUUGAAAAAAAGCCAUGCAGUAGACUCGGGUUAACUGAAAACUUGAUUUGAAGUUUUCAUCCUUUUGAUCCUCAAAUGUAACCCCCUCUGUAGGAUAUCACUGGCACUGAAUAUCUGAGUUCAAAAAAGAAGGUGGGUUUGGUGGCAGCAAUGGAAUCAGGGACCACAGAUCCAGCUCCCCUACUCCCACCCCCAGCCCCCAUGAACUAAACUCUUCUGAACUCACUGCAGUCACGUGACUUUCAUCUGCCUCCAUGGAGAAGAAGUUACGGACCAAAAUCAUUCUGAUCCUCUCCUGAAGUGAGCAGUGACCCACACCGCCUCAUUACAAAAGGACACAUAUUAUAUAACCGGUAUAUAAAUCUAUAUUUCUAUGUGUGUGUGUGCGCGUGGGUGUGUGUGUGUGUAUAUGUAUAUUUGUCUAAUAUUCAAACCGAUACUGUAAAUCGCAAGGAAACGGCACAUUGAUCUCACGAAACAUUCUUGAAUAGGCUUCACGCAUGUAGAUCUCUAGCAGCUGUAGCAUUAGGUUCCCCAUGUGGGCGUACGAGGGAUCUGCCUCCUGAAAUGGGGCUGUAUUUACAAGGCAGGAGUCCUGAACUGGGAGAUUUUCAGCUUCAAAAAGUAAAAAUGUAAAUCCUCUACUACAGUGAUAAGUAAAAGCAAAGUUAAUAAAGACUUAUAACUAAGCUAAGUUUGAACGAUAGCUGGUGCAACCGAGCCCCGAGGCAUAAGGGGCCAGUGUCAGUACUAAGUGCUUGUUAUACCCUGCAGGGAAAGUUUAAAGAAAGGUUCAUAGAAACCUUCAUCUCUAUGUAUUUAUGUAGCGUAAGUGUUUUGCAGGCUUGCUGUUGAAAUGAUACCGAUAAAAACCUGUGCUUAUGAACCGUGGCCGUUAUAAAAGCGAAGUGUAGUAAAAACAUUGUAAGGUAGCAGGUAUGUGUGGUAAAACAUGACACAAAGAUGUAUGGUAUACACGUACCCAGGGUACAUAUUAUAAGGUUCUCAGAUAAGAGGAGCACGAUUGCUGAAUAUUCUCACCCCUCCUCUUGAGAUUGUUUAGCCAAUCAGAGCUUAUCUCUCCCCCACACGUGCUACAACUCACUGAACAAAUCUAAACUACCUCCAAGUAGCUGAUGUUGUCAGGCACCCGAGAGUGGUGGGGUCUAUUGAGUCACGUUAACACCACCCACCACCGUUUGGAUCAGUAAAAGAUCUCUCUGUGUUAAAGUCAUGAAACACAUAAAAGUGCACAGAAGUGUAUUUCCAUCAAUAAAAAUGUUUAAAAUCCCAAGAAAGGUCCGAACAACAACAGUGAUAUUUAGAUCUGCCACUGUUUAGAUAGACCCUACCCAAUGCUGGAGAAGCCUGCAUCAGUAGACCCCGCCUCCUCCCUCGUAAUUCUACAAUGAGCUCCAAUGGGAGCUUGUUGAAGUGUGGACUACCUCUGGUGCUCCUCCCCCUUCUUCUCCUGCUGGCAGAUCUAGCCCUGUCCCCGAGUUCCAUAGCCUCUAGUACAUAUUAUCCACUUGACACAGCCCCUGGUUCCAUGCACUAGAAGAUAACAGUGCUUUGUCAAGCACACUGUUUCAUCUUUAAUGCUGUUGGUGAUAGAAAAUAGUUCCUUCACUUCUCCUUUUUCAUUUUCAAGUCUAUGUGCCCAUGUAUACGGCUGCUUGCUCCUGUAAGCAAUAAAUAACCUUUGAGCCGCGUGCCGGGAGGGCUUACUCAGUGGGUUUUUUUUUUCUUUUUAAGGUAAGAAAAUUAAUAGGAAUGCUCUCUUUGGAGCUGAAAAACAUGUUAUUAUUAUUAGUUUCUUAGCAGACGCCCUUAUCCAGGGAGACUUACAAUUGUUACAAGUUAUCACAUUAUUUUUACAUACAAUCACCAGUUUAUACAGUUGGGUUUUUACUGGAGCAAUCUAGGUAAAGUACCUUGCUCAAGGGUACAGCAGCAGUGUCCUCCACCUGGGAUUGAACCCACAACCCUCCGGUCAAGAGUCCAGAGCCCUAACCACUACUCCACACUGCUGUUAAGUAUGCAAAAACAUGUUCUCAACUUAUCAUUAUUAUUAUUUAUUUAUUAACAGACGCCCUUAUCCAGGGUGACUUACAAUUGUUACAAGAUAUCACAUUAUUUUUUACAUACAAUUACCCAUUUAUACAGUUGGGUUUUUACUGGAGCAAUCUAGGUAAAGUACCUUGUUCAAGGAUACAGCAGCAGUGUCCCCUACCAGGGAUUGAACCCACGACCCUCCGGUCAAGAGUCCAGAGCCCUAACCACUACUCCACAUCCUGUUCAAGGUUCCCUGAUAUCACAAGUUUCUUGUCCUGAAAUCUCAUCACCUUGCGUGUGCAUAGUCAGAAUGUCAUAAGGCAAAGUGACAUGAUUUUUUAUUUUUUUUGCACUGAGGGUCAAAAUGAAGUUUUCCUUACGUGGCGUAUUUAACAGCAAUGAGAGCGAGUGCAAUCCAGAGCUUUUUCCUCAUCUCUGUCGUGGUUUCCAAUCACCACGGCAUUCUUGGAUGGAUCAGGUUUUACUUGUUUGAAUAUUCACGAGAUAUCCACGAUAGCUUUGUCCCUACAGCUCAGUAAUCAGGCAAGGCAGCAUUUGCAUGUUGUCUGGGCAGCACUGUGAUUGCUCAAGCCUGCUCGUCCUUGAAUUACUGUUCUCAAUUCUGGUGAUCCUGCCUACAGUAUGUAGAGCUCCUAUCAAGGCUGUGUUAUCUGGAGGAGCUUUAGCAUUAAUCAAUACAAAAUAAAUCACAACAAUAACCCUUUUAGGUUCCAGUCCUAGAAAAAGCUGCCUCAAUGAUAAACAAUCCCCAAGCUGUCUCCAAGGGGGGGAAUUCAACAAGAGAGAACUAAUGGUGCUCUAGGAGCUACCAUAACUGCAUUAUAGCUUAAACAGAGACUAUGUAACUGAACUGGGAUUUCAGACAAGAUCGCACCUCUCUGUCGCCCGGUUCUAACCGCUAGACCACGAUGUUUCUUCCCAUUCUCCUCAUCCUAACCACUGGGCUACUCUACCCCCCAGUCUCUCUGCUGAAACCACUAGGUCACAGCUACCUUCCCUGUCUCUGCUCAAACCACUUGGCCAUCUAGUUCCUCAGCUCUAACUACAAGACCUACACUGCCCCCUAGUCCAUCCUGUUUCUCUGCUGUUCUCAAAUCAAACCCACUGAGUGAAUUCUCUUUUGCCUGCAGGUUAGAUUACAAGUAAACGUAGUGUAUCUUCUGUGUUCUGAUGGUAUUUAUCUGGUGACUAUUAACAUGUAUAAAAACAUGGAUUAAAAAUCUCUGAUGUUAUUUAUUCAUUG